CCGUCUCUCGGUUCUCAUAUUCUCUCAUCGCAGGCAACAAUAGAGGUAAAGUUCCGGUCAUUCAUCUCUAUUAUGGCGAAUCCAUCUUGCGAGAUCUCAACCAGAGGACCCAUCAUCACUCAUGUCAUCUUCGAUAUGGACGGUCUCUUACUGGACACAGAGAAAUUCUAUACUCAAGUCCAAGAAAUUAUACUAGCUAGAUACAAUAAGACUUUUGAUUGGUCUCUCAAGGCAAAAAUGAUGGGAAAGAAAGCAUUAGAAGCGGCUCGGGUGUUUGUUGAUGAGACUGGAAUAAGUAAUUCUCUUACUGCAGAGCAGUUUCUUGAGGAAAGAGAGGAGAUGCUUAGGAACUUGUUCCCAACUAGUGAGCUUAUGCCAGGAGCCACCCGUCUGAUCAGACAUCUACAUGAAAAUGGAAUCCCUAUGUGUGUGGCAACGGGUUCUCAUGCACGGCAUUUUUCAUUGAAAACUCAGAGACAUGGUGACGUAUUUUCAAUGAUGCAUCAUGUGGUUCUUGGUGAUGACCCAGAAGUUAAGCAAGGCAAACCUUUUCCAGAUAUUUUCCUUGCUGCUUCCAAAAGAUUUGAGGGUGGUCCUGUGGAUCCUCAAAAGAUCCUUGUAUUUGAAGAUGCGCCCUCGGGUGUUGCUGCAGCUAAGAACGCUGGGAUGUCUGUUGUUAUGGCCCCAGAUCCAAGGUUAGAUAUUUCUCACCAUAAAGCUGCUGACCAAGUUAUCAGCUCACUACUGGAUUUCAGCCCUAGAAACUGGGGCCUGCCCCCAUUCCAAGAAUUAUAGGUCGUAGUUCAGGUUACAAAAACUUAAAUUUCUAGUGCUACAGUAAUUUCACAAGCAUUCUUGAAAUCAUGGUUUAGUUUCCUGUAAUCUCAUUAACAUCUACAGACAUUAUUCAUUUCUUUUAGGGGAUGAUUGUAGUUGACAAUGAAUUCUACAGUUGUGAAGUAUUUAUAUUUCUGUAGUGACUACAAGGAGGAUGUGACAUCUUUGAUAUCAAGAAUGCUUGUGAGGAUUACUUUUUUAUAUUUUUAGUUUUGCAGCAAGGAAAUGUUUUUUCAACUUUUAAUUGGUAGUUAACCCUGCCGUAUGAUAAACAAAUGUCGUAUAUUCAAUUAUGACUCAUGAGAUACA